AUGAGCUCAUCAAUUGUAAUAGUAUUUCCUGAAGAACCAUUAGGACCGGUUGGAAUGUUAGUGAUAUUUGUAUAUGAGAAGGUUCAGGUUGUUCGAAAUAUACUCUGUGGUUCUAUGUUGAUUGUACUCACGCCUUCGAUGGUUAUGGUGACAGGAUUACCUACAACAAUUGGAUCGAGGAGAUAUUCUAGUUUACUAAAGAUGAUUGGAAAAGUACCGUCACAUGGUGCAAAAACUCCCUUUACCAAUGAGGGUGAAGGAAAUGUGUAA